UUACGGUGGAAAAAAAGAAAAAGAAAACCAGGAAACGAAAUGUUUCCAAAUACUACGUCAUCACUGCGCGUCACUUCAGGUCCGUGGAUCUCACAUCCAGAAGAUCGAGGUGAACAAGACAUCCUACUCGUGACUUGAAUGAGUUAAGGUUUAAAAUAUGCUGGCCAAAGCAGAGGACAAAAAGCCACAGAAAGGAGGAGGAAAGAAAAGGAGACACACUGGUGAAGAUGGAGGAGGUGGAGAGAGGAAGAGGAGGGGAGGCGCGGAUGGAGAGAAAACCCAGGGAGAUGGUGGCAAGAAACGACUUGACGCCCUGAGUGUGGGCUAUUUCCGCAGAGUCGGAGAAAGACUCACCGAAGGCUUUGAAGAUAAUGAAGAGAGAGAGAUGUUUGUGGAGAAUGUUCUCACGGAAGUCAAAGGCAAGGCCGCGCUGGUGGCCAUGGACCAGACGGGAAGCCUCACUCUUCAACGGCUGCUUACACUGUCCAGCCUCGACCAGGUGGGGGAGGUGCUGGCUGAGCUGGGUGGCGAAUCGGGCUCUGAGUUUAAGACGGUUUCUUGCGACCGGUGUGGGGGCCAUGUGGUGGAGAGUGCCGUCAGACAGAUGUCCAGGUGGAUGGAGUCAUCUGCUAACACAGAAGAAGAAGAGGAGGAGGAGGAGCGCUGUGGCGUGCUGGAGGCCCAAGUGUUGUCUUUGAGUCAGGUUGUGAGAGACAACAGCGCAGAGUUCAUCAGACACGUUCACGGAUCACACGUGGUCCGCACUCUUCUGCACGUGCUGGGAGGCUGCAUCGGACCAGCUCGCACCGAGGCUCGACCAGGUGCAAAAGAACGCAAUGCUGCCCCUCAGCUGACAGACUUUGAGAUCCCAACGUCAUUUUGGUACGAGCUGAAAAGCCUCACAGAGACCUUGAUGGAAGACGUGAAGCUCGGCGUGACAGAUGCUGUCGCCAGCGCAGUGUUCCAGACCAUGUUGACUGUGUGUCACAGAAAGCGACCCAAACUCUGCAAACAGCUCCUCAAAAGCAUCAUGGAGUACCUGACGAGUCGCAGCGCUGCUCCUGGAGUUAGUCCUCUUCUGGUCUUUCUGAAGGACCAGGCCUCCAGUCACCUCAUCGAGAUGGUCAUACAGCUGGCCCACAAGCCACUUCUCCGCGACCUCUACAAGAAUCACCUCAAGGGUCAGCUGGUUGACCUAGCCCUCCAUCCCAUCGCCAACUUCCCUGUACAAAGACUAACGGCAGCCGCUGCCAAACACAAACUGUUCUUGAAGUUGUUUGAUGAGCUGAUCCAGGGUCUGGAGGCCAUCUUGGCCGCAGGUCACAUGGGUGUGAUCGUCCAGCUGGCAGAAAGCUGUGCAGAAAGUGAAGAGAAACAGGGCGAGAUGAUGCAGUGCCUCCUCCACGCUUUCCACUGUGCUGAGCCUGGCUCCCGACACGUCAGCUGCCUCCCUCUCUUCAUGUCCCUGCUCACCUAUGACGUGUAUUACCACUCUGACUCAGAGGGCAACAUACAGACGGAGGUCCCCCUGUCCUCCAUCUGUUACCACGGCUCCCGCCUGGUCCAGGCGCUGUCGAAGUUUAAGGAUCGCUCACUCCUCCUCAGCAGCCUGCGCACUCUGAGUCCAGCUGACCUCCUCACACUGGCGUGUGACCCCGCAGGCAGCCAUGUCCUGCAGGCCCUCAUCACCACCUCCAGUGACAAGGGCAGGGGCAAGAUCCUUAAGAGGCUGGAGGGUCAGUACGUCAAAAUGGCCUGCUCCAGGUUGGGCAGUCGUGUGCUUGAAGCCGUGUGGAACAGUGCUUCAGUCAGUCAGAGGCAAAGCAUCGCACAGGAACUAGUUCCAAACGAAAGCCAGCUGAGGUCAGAUCAGUUUGCACGUCACGUGUGGGCCAAAUUUGCCCUCUCCCACUUUGCACACAGAAGAGCCCACUGGCAGGAAAUACAGACCGGCGAGUCCAAGAAGCGGAAGCUUUUCAAUGACAUUCUUGCAUGAAAAGUAUAUAUUUUAGCUAUUAUUACAUUUUUUUCAAUGUAAUUGAAUAAAAUAAAAUAGUUUUUUUAUUGUA